AUGCCGAAACCAACUGGAGUAAUCCUACUUGAUAAUGAACAAGCUGCCCUUGUGCAGCAGACUGAAAAAUUACUCAGUGACGAGCAACUGAGAGCUAUACUCAGCAGGCGUGAAUUGGAAUGUUCUGCACAACCAAGUGAAACUGAGACUAACCUUAACUCCCCGGUUGCGGCAAAAGGCAAAGGGCCUGACCCCCGGAAUUGGGGCGGGUUAGACUUAGAACAAGCAGAUCUUGAGCCUGACGCUCAACGAGAAGCCCUCCUAGCCUGGAAUGAAGCCCAGGACUGGGUUAAACAGGACUAUCCACCACAGGCUGGACCUUCAGGAGCGGGAAGAGAGUGUGAACCUGAGAGAGGUGAACUAGACCCACUGUCCGGCGAAGAUAAUAGCCCUUGGAGGACAUCUCGUCAAAGAUCUAAGAGAGAAGACCCCCGUAAGACUGGGUAUGAUGACCCCAUUACAGCCCAUGUUGAUACAGCCUUGAAACCUAUGAGGGACUAUCAUACCCAGGAGCGUGGCCAGCAUGUGCUGGCACCAGCUAACCAGGUUGAUCUGACCAGCUACAUUGGCCACACUCUGGGUCGAUUUGGUGGAUGA